ACUCAUCCAAACAAUGUUUUGUACUAAAUAAGAUGUUGUGGAUCAAGUAGAAACAAUGUUUACACUAACCUAUCUACAAAUUUUGUACAUGUACAUCUACUGUGUAAUAUCUACAUGUGAUAUGUACAAGUAUUAUACUAACAUAUGUAUUAUAUGUAUCAUUACAUUUAUGUAUAUGGCUUUCACAUAUAUAAUUCUUAUAGAUGGAUAAGGAUAAACAAAUAGAUUUGACACAUUACAUCUAGUUUAUUAUAACCUAUACAGCACAAAAGUUUCAAAAAGCUUUCAGACAGAUUUCAGAAACAUUGAACUUUUCUGACAUCUUUCUGAAAUAUUUUUCGAACUUUUGUGCUGUAUGGGAAAGCAUUGUGGACAUAUGUACAUAUUCGUGCAUUACAGAAGAAGAGUUUCAAUAACAAAAACAAUUCUCUACAUAAUGUAUAUAAUAAACAUUAUUUAUUUUUUAUAUAUAGAUGACUGAUAAAAAUAUAAGUUAUAUGAUAGUACAAAUUAAUUAUAACAAGGAAUCUAAUAAAUCUAUUGAUAGUGCAAGUCACAUAGUUGCUGUUCCAUCAUCCUGGAUUUAUUUUUCGAAGUCAUUACAAGCACUUGCUACAAAAUAUAUAUUCCCUCCAUAUGAUAAUUCCGAAGAUGAAUUACUUCUCGAAGAACUAUUAUUAUCGAAAGUUGACCCUCCGGAGUUAUGGUCAGAAUAUGCUGUGCUUGUACGUGGACAAGCAAAAACAUAUACAAGUGCUCUGCAACACAUAUCUAACUUACAAACUGCAAUAUAUUCAUUUACUGAAGAUGAAAGUAUUAACAAAAAUGAAACAUAUAACAAUUGUUCAUCUGUAAAUGAUUGCUAUAUUAAUAUUUCUAAAAUUCCAUCUUUAAAAAGCACCAUUGAUAACAGUGACAUAAAUGCAAUUAUAUACAAAACUAAAGGAAAGGAAAACAUGAGUGAAUCAUUGAAAAAACCUAUAAAAAAGACUAGUAAAUACAUGUUACGGAGAAAAGAACAAUCAAGUUCGUCUUCAUCUACUGAGUCAGAUUCUUCUGAGAAUGUUAGGGAAAGUAAUGCACAUUUUCCUUGGAAAAGAAUUAAACCGCAGCCAAAUUUGUCUUCCGCAAGACAAUUGGAAAACAAUUCAGCAUUUCAUAACAUUAACUCGCGACCUCCGAGUGCAUCCACUUCUAACAAUGAGAACAAGGAGAACAGAAAUGUCUCGAGUUUUUAAAUAAAGCAAAAUAGAUUGGAGGAAGAAU